CUUUGUAAACAGUGUGUGCGCAUGCGCAGUCGCGUUGCACUCUAAUGGAGGACAUGUCUGAUCGGUAAUCGUCUUUUUCUGCGCCGUUUUUCUGAGUUGCGCCCUCAACACCCCUCAGCUGAGCCCGCGACAACUUCAAAGUGGCAGAAUGGCUUCGGACUCGGUCUCUCAAAGCUCCCAGAGUCCUGUCACCAGGAUCAUGACCUUUCAUCCCACAAAAGAGGAGUUCAAAGACUUCAAAAGAUACAUUGCAUAUAUGGAGUCGCAGGGGGCUCACAGAGCCGGCAUGGCUAAGGUGGUGCCACCAAAGGACUGGAAGCCCCGGCACACGUACGAUGACAUUGAUGAUCUGGUGAUUCCCGCACCGAUUCAACAGGUGGUCACUGGCCAAUCAGGUCUCUUCACGCAGUACAACAUCCAGAAGAAACCGAUGACCGUCCGCGAGUUCCGCAAAACUGCCAACACAGACAAGUUCUGUAAUCCCAGAUAUGCGGAUUUUGAUGAACUAGAGAGGAAAUAUUGGAAGAAUUUAACAUUCAAUCCACCUCUAUAUGGGGCAGAUGUCAGUGGAACCCUCUACGAUCCAGAUGUGACGGAGUGGAAUAUUGGCCGUCUGAACACUAUUUUGGACAUGGUGGAGAGAGAGAGUGGAAUCCCAAUCAAAGGAGUCAACACUCCGUAUCUUUAUUUCGGGAUGUGGAAAAGCACGUUCGCCUGGCACACAGAGGACAUGGAUCUCUACAGCAUCAACUACCUUCACUUUGGAGAGCCCAAAUCCUGGUACGUUGUGCCUCCAGAACAUGGGAAGCGAUUAGAGCGUCUUGCUAAAGGAUUUUUUCCUGGAAGUGCCCAAAGUUGUGAAGCCUUCCUGCGACACAAAAUGACUUUAAUUUCGCCAUCAAUUCUGAGAAAGUAUGGAAUACCCUUUGAGAAGGUCACACAGGAAGCAGGCCAGUUCAUUGUGUCCUUCCCGUAUGGAUAUAACGCUGGGUUUAACCAUGGCUUCAACUGUACAGAAUCCACCAACUUCGCCACCCAGCGCUGGAUCGAUUACGGAAAGCUGGCAACAUUAUGCUCCUGCCGGAAGGACAUGGUGAAGAUAUCCAUGGAUGUGUUUGUUCGCAAGUUCCAGCCAGAACGCUAUAAGCUUUGGAGAGCAGGAAAGGACAGUGCACCAAUAGACCACUCAAAGCCCACGCCAGAGGCAGCAGAGUUCCUGACAGAUGGAAAGACGGAGAAAGAGACAGGAGAGCUCAGCGAUAGCAGCAAAGCAGAAACACAGGAGAAGAGAGGAGAAGCAGAGGCUGGAGAAGAGCAGAACGCAAACACGGAUGGUGGAGAGGAGGACAAAUCUGAUAUUUCGAAAAGGGAAACCGAUGGUGCAAAGGAGAAAGCAGAAGCAGAGAAAGGAGGUCUGGAGGUAGAGGAGAAGAAGCCUGUUCGUGAUGAAGAACCGAGCGGCACUUCAGAGCAGAUCAACAGUAGUAGUCCAAAGCAGAAUGUGGGGCAGAAGCGGCUCAGACCCAGCCCUGACGAUGGAGCAAAAGAAGACGACAAUCAAGUGAAGUUAGAAGAAGAGGGGGAAGUUGAGAAGAAGAAAGCCAAACUCAGCCAGACUGAGACAGACGACAAGAAUGAACAAUCCAUCUCCACUGAACCAGGUGAUGUGCAAGCUGAGAAGACGAUGGAGACAGAAAUGCCCCCGCCACAACAGCAAGAGAAUCAAGCCCCUCCCUGCAUAGAGGUGGAGCUCUCGCCAUCAGACCCCACCUCCAGCAGUGACAUCACAAUGCAGCAAAGACACAUCGUCACUCCCUCUGAACCCUGCGACGUCACCUCAUCCUCAGAAUCCACAAACAGCAUCGCUGAUGAUGAGGCUCCAAACAGUGAUGUCACCUCUCAGUCCGAGCAUGUCACUCAAAGCUGUAAUGUCCAAAGCAAGACUGUUGACAUCAAUCAAAACGGUGACCUCACUGAUGCCCAGCAGAGUGAAGUCACAUCCCAUUCGUGUUCCACUGACAUCACGCCUCUCAUAUCCGUAGUCAGCAGUAUCUCCUCUCUACAUGGCAUUAACUCCGCCCAGACCUGUGAUGUGUCUGCAGAACCUAGCGACAGCACGAUAAAUACCAUCAUCCCUAGUCCAAGUGAGCCAGGCAGUAACUCCUCCCACACCUAUGAUGGCCAACCAGAGCCCAGCGACAUCACGUUCAGCCAUAAACACGAACCCGGCAUUAACUCCACCCACACCUGUGAUGCCCAACCAAAACUCAGCAACAUGACCCUAAGCCCUAAACACAAACCCAAUGUUAACUCCACCCACAGCUGUGAUGUCAACACAGAACCCAGUGACAUCAGGGUCAGCGCUGAUCACGAACCAAGCAUUAGCUCCACCCACAGCUGUCAUGUCCAACCAGAUCCCAGCGAUGACAACAUCAGCGCUGAUCACGAAACCAGCAUUAGCUCCGCCCACAGCUUUGAUGUUCAACCUGAACCCACCGACAUUACCGCCAUUGCUGAACACGAACCUAGCAUUAGCUCCACCCACAGCUGUGAUGUCCAACCAGAACCCAGCGACGACCAUAUCAGCGCUGAUCAUGAACCCAGCAUUAGCUCCGCCCACUGCUGUGAUGUCCAACCAGAACACAGCGACGACAACAUCAGCCCUGAUCACGAACCCAGCAUUAGCUCCGCCCACUGCUGUGAUGUCCAACCAGAACCCACCGACAUUACCGUCAGUGCUGAACACGAACCUAGUAUUAGCUCCGCCCACAUGUAUGAUGUCAUCACUGAACCCAGCAGCAGCACCAUCAAACUUAAUCUCGGUGAGUCGCCGUGUAGCUCUGCGUCAGUGACCGGCAGCCAGGUGUGUCCACCUGCAGUCCAGCACAUCUUCCAGAGAACACUGAGCCCCGCGGAGGUCCUGCAUGUCCACAGUUACGCUAAAGGAGAUUACAGCAAUUUCGAGCCACGCAUUCAGCAUGAGAGAGACGAAGACAGCGACUCUGAUAGCGAGUCUCAAGAGGACUGCAAGAAAGAAGAUGAACAUCCAGUUGAAGCUCAGCACAGACUUCCCAGACUCCCCAGGCACCAUCCUCUGAUGAAGGACAGCAUCAGUGACGAAGAGCUGCAGGAUCAGGCUGUGUCCGAGGAGGACGGGCUGGACGGGGAGGCUUGGGCACGACCUUUGGCCCAGCUGUGGCAGAACAGACCGUAUAAUCCAGAAAGAGAGAGAGAAUACAACAGAGAGAUGGGUCUGCGGCCUCCAUACUGCGCUGUGUGUGCGCUCUUCCAGGCACAUCAGCGGUCUGAAGGGGGCGAGAGCGAGCCGACCGUGGUGCUCCCCAGCGGUCAGAUGAGGACCAAGCCUCUGAUUCCAGAGAGAUGUUUCACCACCACCACCGAGGACAGCGCAGACGUCCAGCCGUCCACACCUUACCUGGAGGAGGACGGCACCAGUCUGCUCGUCAGCUGCUCCCUGUGCAGUGUCUGUGUGCACACUAGUUGUUACGGUGUGGCUCCAGUUAGAGUCUCCAAAGACUGGAAAUGUGCUCGCUGUAAAGCCAACGCUCUCGCCGAGAGUUGCUGUCUUUGUUCGUUGAGAGGUGGAGCAUUGCACAGAGCCAAUAAUGGCAAAUGGGUUCAUGUCCUGUGUGCGGUGGCAGUGCAGGAGGCUCGCUUUGUGAACAUCGCUGAACGAUCACCCGUGGAUCUCAGCGGCAUUCCCUUACAGAGAUUCAAGCUGAAAUGCUACUACUGCAAACGGCGGAUGAAGAAAACGUUGGGGUGUUGUGUGCAGUGUUCUCACGGUCGAUGUCCCACCUCAUAUCACCCGACCUGCGCACAGGCCGCCGGCGUCAUCAUGCACCCAGACGAUUGGCCCUUCAUCGUCUAUGUCACCUGUUGCCGCCACAAAGGGCCGGUACAAUCAGAGCGUAAUAAAGCAGCCAUGAGAGAGCUCGGCGUGGGUCAGAAGGUCAUCUGCAAACACAAAAAUGGACGCUACUACCAGUGUGAAGUCAUACAGCUGACAAAAGCGACAUUUUAUGAGGUCAACUUUGACGAUGGCUCCUUCAGUGAUAACCUUUUCCCAGAGGACAUUGUGAACCGAGACUGUGCUCAGCUGGGUCCGCCGCUGCAGGGGGAAGUGGUUCAGGUCAGAUGGACAGACGGCCUUGUCUAUGGAGCCAAAUUCGUGGCAUCUCGUGUCAUUCAGAUGUACCAGGUGGAGUUUGAGGACGGAUCACAGCUGACUGCUAAGAGAGAUGACGUCUACACCCUAGACGAGGAGCUGCCAAAGAGAGUCAAAUCUCGUCUGUCGAAGGCAUCAGACAUGCGUUUUGACGGCAUGUUUGGAGAGAAGAAGGUUCAGGAGAGCAAGAGACAGAGAGUGAUCAACUCCAGGUACAGAGGCGACUAUAUCGAACCCGUCAUCUACCGAGCCAUCAUGGAGUAGCCAGCGAUGACCCAGCCUUCACCCGAAACCACCAGCACUCAUCCAGCGUCUCCAGCACACCCUGCCAAUGUCAGUAGCGUUCAGUUCACAGGGGUCGGUCACCUGGAUGGGUUUGAUCGCUCCUCAGUCGACCAUCUAUUCUGAUAUAUGGGUCUGGAGUCGAGGCAGGGUGCUUCACAGUGUCUUUCUCAGAGAAUGCAGCUUUGUCAUUGGAUGUGACACCCUUUUAACCUCAGCGCUGUAAAACUGUGCCACAAACACUCUAGAAACACAUCAGCAUGAACAUGGAGUCACUCCAAAUUACAUUCGUUUGAUACAGCAUAUUUGUAAUCUCCAUUUCAUAAAAUCUACUUUUAUCAAAUUGCAUUAAUUUAUUUGACUUAAUUGAGGGUGCUGUUUCUACCCGUAUUUGACAGAACGGAGGUGCCAUUGCCAUUUUAUGCAUGCAGAUCUCCUUUUUUAAGAUCUACACUGUCAUAAAUUGUGCAGUUGAGAUCCUGAAUAUUGUACAUUAUUUGGAACAUAAUGAACUCAGUGUUUUUUACAAGCCUAUUUAUUACUGGUGCUUUACAAAAGUCGAUUUUGCAAUAUGAGUUCCAGUGCUGUCGAAGUUUCCAGUGCUGUCGAAAGUCUGACACAGAUAGGUGUGUUCUGGUUUUGUAAAGAGGACUGCGUAGAUACUGAAAUGCCAAGGAUCUCACUUUCACAGCUGUUCGAGGCCUGCCUUGUACUCUGGUUCAAUACACUUUCAUUCAGACGUUUCUAUUAAUGUAGCUUCUUACUGCUGUCGACAUUUUAUCAGAAGCCCCUACGGUUUUAAUAAGCUAUUUUUGCACUUCUCAGCUGUACUUUUAUGAACUGUCAUCUUUGUCCUUGCAGUAGCCAAGCUCUAGAGAACGAAAUGCAUUCAUGAAAGCUGAGGAGGAUGUUGUUUGGACGGUCUAGCUGACAGGAUUUGCAGAAAGUAAGGUUGCUGCAGUCCUUCAGUUGUUCGAAAGAUAGGGCUAAUCUUCACUAUAAAAAAAGAAAAAUAUAAAAGAUUUUUUUCUAUGAAGAAGUCUAUUUUAUUGCUUUGUUUUAUAAUACAUGUUUAAUGUUCAUAUACUGUGAGAUAGAGUUGUAUGUAGUUAAUUUAAGAAAUCUUGAGCUCUCGGCACGUUUCUUCUGCCUUUCGUGUUGCUUUCAAACAUGAGCCUUGUUCUCACUGCACUUCUGAAUGCAGAGGCUCUAGGACUUCCAUACAUGUAUUUUGUAAAAAUCAUUAAUGUGCAUCAGUAAAAGAUGUGAGCUGA